AUGGUCUUCGUUCAGACGCGCGCAGAGUUGAGCGGCGACGUGUAUUGCCGGCAGCAUCUGUACCAGAAAAUUGAGAGGUCUGAUGGGGUUGGAGAUGCUGCGAUUCGUGCUUUUAGAGGGAGGGAGAAGGGAGAUCAAAAGCGAGAAAAGCAAAUGCCGUACAACGACAUUAAGCCACUCCACCACCAGCACCAGCAGAAAAAUAAACGCAGCGUACUCUCCAAAGCUCUAUCCAAACUUGCUCGCCUGGUCUUCUGCUGCACCAAUCCCACCUCCGACCGUCGUUCGUCGUCCAAAGAGAUCGCCGCUGCUCGUCCGUCGACUUCUGCAUCAACAGCAGUAGUUGAUCCCUACACGAUCUCCCCACAGACGCGCGCGCGGUAUACGAAACUACUCGCAGCCGAGCUCAACAAGCCGAUUUCGCAAGCGGAUGAGGCGGGAUACAUCUACAUCUACGAAUUGCAGCCGUCCAAACCCCACGACCGAGCAAACCUCGACGCCAACGCGCUACUCUUUCUCAAAAUCGGGCGGACAGUAAACGUACCCCGCCGAAUCGAGCAAUGGUCACGGCAGUGCUCGCACGCCGUGCUUCUGACCGGCCACUUCCCCUCGCCGCCGCCGCCCACCGCGGCCCACGCAAAAGGCGCGAAAUGCGCGGCCGUGCACCGCGCCGAGCGAUUGAUCCAUCUCGACCUGCGCAGCCGGUUCGCGUGCUCUGCUACGGAUGAGGGGUUUACGGUUGCCGCGUGCGCGGGAUGCGGGAGGAGACAUACGGAGUGGUUUGCGGUGAGGAGACGGGAUGCGCAUUUGGUGGUUGAGAGUAUUGGGCGGUGGGUUGAGUAUGUGGGGGUUGUGGAGAUGUAG